AUGGCAAAGAUCUCCUUUGUGCUUCUCGUUGUCGCCCUUGUUGGCUUUCUACAUGUCUCUAAGGCUCAAAAUUUUAAUGAACAAGUACUUGAAAAGGACCUGCAUGAAGCGAGAAACUUGAUUGAUGAGGACUUGAAAGAAAAGGAAUCGAACCUUAAGAACUUGGAGACCCAGGUGAGUAUGUUAAACAAAUCUGAGAUGAUGUUGAUUGAACUCGGAGAAGCUUACAAAAAUGGUCAGAGUCUUGAGCCUUUCGGGAUUAGGCUAAAGAAAUUCAACAGGAAGAUCAAGCAGGCGCCAGGGGAAGUGAGAUACGUAUCCGUAAUCCAAUCCAUUUUAAAGGAUUUGGGAUUAAACGGAGGGAAAGAUGAUUGA